AUGUACGCCAGAGCCACUGCUGGUAUUUACAAAAUCGCAACUACAUGCUUUUACUUCUUUCCCCUGCCCGAUACACUCACAGGGCGUACCGGCACUGAGGAGGCCUUGUCGUGCUUAACAUCUGCACAAAGCCAGCCUUGGACUCUUCUGGGCCCCGCUCAGUGCAUACCCCUCCAAACUAUUGCGAGGCUGACACCAGUAAGGAAGUACUAUCCUUCGCAUCUUAAACGACAGCAGGACGUCACCUGGGACGAAAACCUCACGAUGACCAUCCAACACGAUCAAUACCAACCUGUAAUUGAGAAAAUUAUAGCAAAAGCAGAGAGGCUCUCCAAAUUUACAUCGCACAAUAUCCAUCGGUUGGAGCUGGAACCAGGUGGUGCUGCAUGUUUAAGGGAGAGGAACUACAUUCGACGCCAUCGCUUCGAACGACCUGACGCUUUCCCAAGACCUACAAUAGACUGCAGGGAUACAAUGUGUGACAGCCGAGACAAAAUAGAACGGAACAAUGCCACGUGCAAUGUAUUCGAAAUUAUCAACAUCCUUCACACUAGUCCUUCACGAAUUUGUACCACUACAGAUUUGGCCCAGCUUCUGGACGGAAUCCCGUACAUUACAGGGUAUAUCGAGAAGUUUCAGACUCCUCCGCUAAGCGAUCUCCUCGGUUUGGAUAUCGGCACGGAGUGGGGAAGAUUGGUAAAUCUGUGUCGCGACUACAAUAAUCAACAUCUGGAGGCCAUGUUCACAUUGGGUACAAUCGCAUUCGCAGACAAUGCGAACAUGAGCCUUUUGCGAAGCAUGGCUGCGAUCUGCAUCUUGAAGGACGCUAAGGACCUGAAACUGCCACUCCAUACAGGGUAUUCUGGGUUUCAAUUGAAUGACAAACCCACACAAGAAUCUCUAGGAACUUUAAUGGACCGCUAUCCUGAAAUAUUUAAUGAUGGUGCAAGCUUCGACAGAGCUUAUAAUUUUGUGACAGAGUCUGAAGAUCUUUGCAGGGAUGACAACCUAACAGUAACGCACAUUGAUGUCAAUAAGGUCCUCGGCAUGGUUCAAGAGGAGUGGCUCCGGCUCUUCAAGAAUUUUGAAUUUGCACAGACUCUUCUGGACUUCCAAAAAGUCCUUAACCAAUAUCAGGAAAAGGCCCCUACAUCAUUUCGGCUGAAAUAUUCUCCACGGUCUACAUUGCCAAGACGAGAGCAGUUUGUGAAUUCGGCGGCUGAUAGCUCUGAGCAUGCAUCGAAUGGCACAGCACGACAAAAAACAGAUUCUCCAGAACUUGAAGAGCUUACAAGCAUCAUCACAAAACUUGCAUCUUCCAAAUCUGCUGUACGAAGAGCAUACGCGAAGAAUAUGAAAGAUAUUCUGGCCGCGCUUCAACAUCAAUCAACAGAGCACGACACAGAAGAAAUUCCCACGGCUAUUAUUUCCAAAGUUCGGAGCCAUUUGAGAGAACAACUCGCUGAAAUUCGUGCUUUCCUUUCUGUCAACGACAGGCGGUAUAAAUGGCUACAUGCCGCUCAACUAUGGCCCUGCUUAAUCCCGAUAACUGUGCUUCAACAGCUAAGAUCAACCAAUUGCUAUGGCUUUGAUUCUAAGAUAAAACACGCUCUUUUGAGCUAUGGCCUCUCUAUAACCCAUAUGCAACAGCUUUUACGAAUCCACGAUGCCAGUCUGAAGAACGAUGUUCAACGUUUGCAAGACGAGUAUAACAACCCUGCACAUGAAUACUGGCUGCUGAUGGAGAUUGAAGCAAACAUGCUUAUCCGAAAUGUCCAAGUCGCUGUUGCGCGAGCAACCAUACUUCCAGUGUCGAAAUCCAAUUCCGUGCUUCAGCUGAACAUGGGGCAAGGCAAGACUGUAAUUAUGCCUAUGGUGGCGUGUGUCCUAGCCAAUGGCCGCAAUCUUGCCCGCUUGAUUGUACCCAAGGCUCUAUUGCUACAGACUGCACAAAUCAUUCAGUCGCGUCUGGGAGGUGUCGUUGGCCGCGAAGUUUGUCAUAUUCCUUUCUCCCGGAAAUCACCAACUGGGGUUUCAUCUGUUCAAGAGUACCAAGCCCUACAUAUGGAAUUGAUGGGUAAAUGCGGCAUUGUGCUCACCACUCCAGAGCACCUACUUUCUUUCAAACUUAGUGGGCUUCAGUGUCUCUCGGAUUUGCGCCUAGAAUCGGCCAGUCGCAUAAUUUCAAUAACGGACUGGCUCACACGAGUUUGUCGGGAUGUUGUUGACGAGUCAGAUUUCUCUUUGGCUGUUAAGACGCAGCUAAUUUAUCCAAGUGGAUCACAGCUGCCGCUAGAUGGUCACCCUUAUCGAUGGAAGAUCGCCCAUGCUUUGUUAAACCUAGUGAAGGAGCAUUUAGAGGAAGACCAACAGGAAUUCCCUGAAAGCUUUGAGCUCGUAAAGCGUACCAAUGAUGGUUUUCCAUUCAUUCAUAUUCUCCGCGGGCUACUCGGUCAUGGAAUCCUUCUGCAGUGCCUAAAAAAAAGGUGGAACGUGCAGUACGGCUUGCAUCCUAAGAGGGAUCCUGUCGCGGUCCCUUUCCAUGCUAAGGGAGUCCCUUCCGAACAAGCUGAAUGGGGCCACCCUGAUGUCGCAAUAGUGCUCACCUAUCUAUCGUUUUAUUAUAGUGGUCUUACGCUCGACCAGCUACGCCAGUCUCUUGAGGGGGUAUCCAACGCCGAUGAUCCAUCCAGUGAAUAUGACCGCUUGACCAGUUAUGUAAAAACCUUGCCGGAGUCUUUGAAGCACUGGAAUCUGAUUAGUACUGACGAUGAAGGCCAACUUCGCGAAAAUGACUUGCCAGAGUUAUUUCACACAAAUGCAGAAGUUUUAACAUACCUGCUACAGCCGCGGAAUCGGCUGUAUGUGCUUGCUGCACGCUCACAUGGUAAACGCUUAUCUGAAAUCCAGUUCAUCAAGAAGCUUGACAUGAUGGGCAUCCGUAUUCUUAUAGAUGCUGGAGCACACAUUUUGGAGCUGGACAACAAAAUUUUCGUGCAGAAAUGGAUGGAAAUUGAUUAUGGUGCUCCAGCAGCAGUUUAUUUUGACGCAGGUAGCAAACCUUGGGUGGUGGACCGCAACAACAAGGAGGUCCCCUUAUUAGCGUCGCCCUUCGCGGGUAACUUAGAGGAUUGCUUGGUGUAUUUGGAUGAAGCCCAUACACGCGGCACCGAUUUGAAGUUUCCCUCGUUUGCGAAGGGAGCGCUCACACUGAGCCUUGGCCAAACCAAGGACCAUACAGUUCAAGCUGCAAUGAGACUCCGUCAGCUAGGGAAGUCACAAUCUGUGGUGUUCAUUGCCUCGCCCGAUGUGAACCAAAGUAUCCUGGAUGUUGGAGGGAAAACCCACAAAGAUAAAUUGGAUUCAGCAGAUGUUAUAGGUUGGCUUCUUGAGCAGAGCUGCAGCAGUAAUGAGAACCUACAAACAUUAUAUCUCACCCAGGGAUACGACUUCUGCCAUCGGGUUGAAGCUGCUUCAGCAUAUAAAAAUUUCCUUUCGGAUCAGCAGCACCAACAGGCUCUUCUAGCUGAGAUAAUACAUCAAGAGCAACAGACACUAGAGCAAUUUUAUAUGCCGAAAAGCGUCAAUCGGGCGGUACGUGCUGAUGUACACAGGCCAAAACCCAUCCAAGAGUUUGUCAAUGUGCUGGACCAGCAGCGUCUUGAUCUGGAUACUAGUAAGGUGACUACACUUCUAGAAUUCACAGAGGUCGAGCAGGAACGUGAACUUGAGGCUCAAGUCGAGGAGGUACGGGAAAACCAGCGUCCUGUCUUCUUCCAGCCGCUCGAAUUUCCUGGACUCCAUCCAGCGGUGCUCAACUUCGCAACCACAGGAGGACUUCAAGGCUCCGGUGGAUAUGAGCCAGCUUUUGCUGCACUACAACGAACAGCAUUAGGAAGGAAAUACGGAGUCCACGGUGUGGGGAAAUCAAGACUAUUCGUCUCCACCGAAUUCACCAGAACUAUUGUUGGUGUUAGGGAUAGUGACUGGUUAGAUGACUUCCUUGUAAGUGCUGGACUUUACAUCAAUACAGGCAUCUCAUUAAAUUAUCCCCAGCGUCCCAUCCACUGGAUCCUGUGGAGUCCCAUUACAAACACAGCUCUCGUUAUCAUACCGGAGGAAGCGGAAUGCCUCGUUCCAACGAUGAGGACACAGAACACACCGACAACACAUCUUCUCGUGUAUGCCGCACCAUUCACCAGGAAAAUGGCGUUGUUCAAUCAAUUGGAUUUUUACGCGCUGCCACCGCUGGAUGGCGACAAUCGAUUUCCAACCGCCUUGAAAAUAGAGCUAGGAAUUUUAUCUGGCCGCCUCUAUCUCGAUUUUGACGAGUACAGUGUGACAAUGCAGUAUCUAAAUAUGGAUGGUACUUGCGCUACAGAGAGAUCAGGCAAUUCUGCACUCCCCAUCACAGUGGAUAAACCAGAUGAAUUUGCAAAUGACCCCCUCAGUUUCUUGUAG